GUGAGAGCCUUGACCUGAGCCAAUCCCCUAAGAGCAGCAGCGCCGGUCACCGUGGAGAUGGACAUGAAGGAGCGUCCGCACCGCUCCCUGACCCGGGGCCGCUGCAGGAAGGACCUCCACCACGCCACCGCGUCCCUGCAGCCGGAGGAGUGCCGCGUGGCCACCCAGAAGUCCUACAGCUCCAGUGAGACGCUCAAGGCCUAUGACCGCGACACGCACCUGCACUACGGGGGCUGCGUGGCUGAGCUGGUGCGCCACGAACACCAGGAGUACGUCCGACAAGGGAGCUUCACGCUGGCGGAGCUGGGAGUGAGUGACCAACCGGCCCAGACCCAGACCCAGACCCAGACCCAGCACCAGGCUGCCUACCACUCCUCUCACUCGGAGCUGGGCUUGCUGCAGCGGGGCUACUCCCUCAGCGCCGGCUCCGAUGCAGACUCCGACCCGGAGGGGGCCAUGUCCCCGGAGCGCGCCGUACAGCUGUGGGGGGGUCACGCGAUCAAGUCCCGCCGCAGCUCCGGCCUCUCCAGCAGAGAGAACUCAGCCCUCACACUCACCGACUCCGACAACGAACACAAGUCUGACGACGAGUCAGGUAGGACAGAGAUUGGGGGAGGGACAUAAUUAUGAAGCUGAGAGGGAAAUGUGGUGGGGGUGGAAGUCUUCAUCCCUCUAUCCCCCUACCUAAAACUAUCUAACUACUACCAAAUACUACC